CCAGCCUUCCACCCCAUGGGGUGGUCACUGCCCAAGGAGAAGGGGUUAAUACUCUGCCUAUGGAACAAGUUCUGCAGAUGGUUUCACAGACAAGAGUCCUGGGCUCAGAGCCGGGACGAGCUGAACCUGCUGCAGCAGAAGAGGAUCUGGGAGUCUCCUCUUCUUCUAGCUGCCAAAGAAAACGAUGUCCAGGCUCUGAGCAAGCUUCUCAAGUUCAAAGGAUGUGAGGUGCACCAGAGAGGAGCCAUGGGGGAAACUGCGCUUCAUAUAGCAGCCCUCUAUGAUAACCUGGAGGCCGCCAUGGUGCUAAUGGAGGCUGCCCCAGAACUAGUCUUUGAGCCCAUGACUUCGGAGCUGUAUGAAGGUCAGACUGCACUGCAUAUUGCAGUAAUAAACCAGAAUGUGAACUUGGUCCGUGCUCUGCUUGCCCGAGGGGCCAGUGUCUCUGCCAGAGCUACAGGCUCUGUCUUCCACUACAAGCCUCACAACCUCAUUUACUAUGGAGAGCAUCCUCUGUCCUUUGCUGCCUGUGUGGGUAGUGAAGAGAUUGUUAGACUGCUCAUUGAGUAUGGAGCUGACAUCCGGGCCCAGGACUCCCUGGGAAAUACAGUACUACACAUACUCAUCCUGCAGCCCAACAAAACCUUUGCCUGCCAGAUGUAUAACCUGCUACUCUCCUAUGAUGGGGGAGACCACCUGAAGUCCCUGGAACUUGUGCCCAAUAACCAGGGACUCACCCCUUUCAAGUUGGCUGGAGUGGAAGGCAACAUUGUGAUGUUCCAACACCUGAUGCAGAAACGGAAACACAUCCAGUGGACAUAUGGGCCACUGACCUCCACACUUUAUGACCUCACUGAGAUUGACUCCUCAGGAGAUGAUCAAUCCCUACUGGAACUUAUUGUUACUACCAAGAAGCGUGAGGCUCGCCAGAUCUUGGACCAGACACCUGUGAAGGAACUGGUGAGCCUCAAGUGGAAGAGGUAUGGGCGGCCCUACUUCUGUGUGCUGGGUGCCAUCUAUGUGCUAUACAUCAUCUGCUUUACCAUGUGCUGUGUCUACCGCCCGCUCAAGCCCAGGAUCACUAACCGCACCAAUCCUCGGGACAACACUCUCCUGCAGCAGAAGCUCCUUCAGGAGGCCUAUGUGACCCCCAAGGAUGAUAUCCGGUUGGUGGGGGAGCUGGUGAGCGUCAUUGGGGCUGUGAUCAUCCUGCUGGUAGAGAUUCCAGACAUCUUCAGGUUGGGGGUCACUCGAUUCUUUGGGCAGACCAUUCUUGGGGGGCCAUUCCAUGUCAUCAUUAUCACUUAUGCCUUCAUGGUGCUGGUGACCAUGGUGAUGCGACUCACCAAUGCAGAUGGAGAGGUGGUGCCCAUGUCCUUUGCUCUGGUGUUGGGCUGGUGCAAUGUCAUGUACUUUGCCAGAGGAUUCCAAAUGCUGGGUCCCUUCACCAUCAUGAUCCAGAAGAUGAUUUUUGGUGACUUGAUGCGAUUCUGCUGGCUGAUGGCUGUGGUAAUCCUGGGAUUUGCUUCAGCCUUCUAUAUCAUCUUCCAGACAGAGGAUCCUGAUGAGCUGGGUCAUUUCUACGACUACCCCAUGGCACUGUUCAGCACCUUUGAACUCUUCCUCACCAUCAUCGAUGGCCCUGCCAACUAUGAUGUGGAUCUGCCCUUCAUGUACAGCAUUACCUACGCUGCCUUUGCCAUCAUCGCCACACUGCUCAUGCUCAACCUCCUCAUUGCCAUGAUGGGUGACACUCACUGGAGAGUUGCCCAUGAGCGAGAUGAGCUCUGGAGAGCACAGGUUGUGGCCACCACUGUGAUGCUAGAGCGGAAGCUGCCUCGAUGCCUGUGGCCUCGCUCUGGGAUAUGUGGGCGAGAGUAUGGUCUUGGGGACCGCUGGUUCUUGAGGGUGGAAGAUAGGCAAGAUCUCAACAGACAGCGCAUCCGCCGCUAUGCACGGGCCUUCCAGCAACAAGAUGGCCUCUACUCUGAGGACUUGGAAAAAGACUCAGGGGAAAAACUGGAGAUAGCACGUCCCUUUGGUGCCUAUCUGUCCUUUCCUACACCCUCGGUGUCUCGAAGUACCUCCCGAAGCAGCACCAACUGGGAAAGGCUUCGACAAGGGGCCCUGAGGAAGGACCUGCGAGGGAUAAUCAACCGGGGCCUGGAAGACGGGGAGGGCUGGGAGUACCAGAUCUGA